AUGGACGCCCUCCCCCGCAAAAGCCCCGUCGGAUCCGGCAAAACCGCGCUCAUGCUCGCCCUCUGCCUCGCCCUGCGCGACCCCUACAGCAUCGCCGCCGUCACCAACGACAUCUUCACGCGCGAGGACGCCGAGUUCCUCACCCGGCACGCCGCCCUCCCGGCCGCGCGCAUCCAGGCCAUCGAGACCGGCGGCUGCCCCCACGCCGCCGUGCGCGAAGACAUCAGCGCGAACCUGCACGCGCUGCAGGCCCUGCACGGCCGGUUCGCCACGGAUCUGCUGCUGAUUGAGAGCGGGGGCGACAAUCUGGCGGCGAAUUACAGCCGGGAGUUGGCGGAUUUCAUCAUCUAUGUCAUUGACGUGGCGGGGGGGGAUAAGGUGCCGAGGAAGGGGGGGCCGGGGAUCACGGGGAGUGACCUGUUGGUUGUGAACAAGGUUGAUUUGGCGGAGGCGGUGGGGGCGGAUAUGAAGGUUAUGGAGAGGGAUGCUGGGAGGAUGAGGGAUGGGGGACCGACGAUUUUCGCGGUUGUGAAGCAUGGGAAGGGAGUGAAGGAUAUCGUGGGGUUGGUUUUGAGUGCGUGGAAAGGGAGCGGGGCGUAUGAGGUCAGCAUGGAGCGGUGGAAGAGGGAGGAGAAGAAAGGAAGUGGGGAUGUCUGA